UUUGAUCCACUUUGAAUCAUGGAGACAUGAAUUUUAAAGUUUGAGUGUGCCAUAGUUGCCAAUACAAAAAGUGGCUCUUCAUUAUUCGAGUCGGCCGACACCAUUUUUUUACUGUACAAUCACUGUCUAGUUUACUCCUGAAUUCCACAGUUUCACGCUGAAGCGCCAUGGAAGCUAAAGCGGUUCAAGCCUUUCAGUUUUCAACAAUGACGCGUUCCACGAAGCCUGAGAGAACAGGGCCAAAUGACUCUCUCAGAAUGUUUGGUGGAUUUAAGAAACAGCUUUUUGUUUCGUCAAAAUCUUUGGUGGUUGCAUGUUCGCAUAACAAUAUUCCAGCGAGGACAUUGGAAUCUGAAACAUUUCAUGCUCCUGUUGAUGAAAAUUUUAUUUUGAAGAGUAAAUCACAAGAGAUCGAGCCAUAUUUAAAUGGGCGCUGUAUAUAUCUUGUUGGAAUGAUGGGAUCUGGGAAGACAACUGUGGGGAAGAUAUUGUCACAAGCGCUUUCUUAUGCGUUUUUUGAUAGUGAUGCAUUGGUGGAGGAGGAGGUUGAUGGAACAUCUGUAGCUGAUAUAUUCAAGCACUAUGGAGAGACAUUUUUUCGUACUAAGGAGACUGAGAUAUUGCGGAAGCUGUCAAUGAUGCAUAGAAAUGUUAUUUCUACCGGUGGAGGUGCUGUUGUGAGGCCCAUCAAUUGGAAAUAUAUGCACCAAGGAAUUAGUGUUUGGUUGGAUGUACCUGUAGAGGCAUUGGCUCAGAGAAUAACAGCCGUAGGAACUGAUUCUCGCCCACUUCUAAACUAUGAAUCGGGAGAUGCAUACACAAAGACUUUCAUGCGUUUGUCUGCCCUUUUUGAAGAAAGAAGUGAAGCGUAUGCAAAUGCCAACGCUCGGGUCUCCUUGGAAAAUAUGGUAGCAAAACUGGGUCAAAGAGAUGUGUCAGAUUUAUCUCCAACUGCUAUUGCAAUGGAGGCGCUAGAACAAAUCAAAGACUUUCUUAUGAGUGAAGAUGGUUGUUAAGCACGUUCUGGCAGAAUCUUCAAAACAAGCAUGUUUUGGUAAUGCAUAAUUCUCUCCCCAAAUUAAAAUGGAUAUGAGAAUGGCAGUGUGGUGUAUCCUUUUGUUUGGGAAAAUAAUUAUGCAUGCAGAUAUUCAGUGUUUAUGCGUAAUUUGUGUAAGCGUAAUUUGACGGCAUGCAGUGUUUGUAGUAAUGUGAAUUGGAAAAAUCAGUGUGCAUGCUUUAUUCGCUGAGUUUGCAAGACAAGGGGUGCUGGCUCAAAUCCAGCGUAAUAAACAAAACUUUAAUGAUUGACUUCA